ACCACUUCCGUUUAAAUAAAGGUCUUCAAAUAUGAACAAGAUGGCGGCGACCUGUGUUAAAAGCGUGUGCUUCGAAGGAUCGCUAGACGAUGGAUGGAUAGAUAUACGUGUAUGUGAAGUAGAAAUAUAGAGAAAAUUGGAACACAUUUGUGCGGUGACAUUCAGUAGAGCAGAUGGACACCCCAGGGAAGAGCGUCAGCAAAAAGGCCGUCAAAAAGCCCAUUCAGGUCAAGACGUUGUUUACGUCCCCUUUCACAGUGCAAUGGAGCCCGCUUCCUCAAGAAGACAUGCGUUUCAUCCUGACAACCUUAAAUGAGAAACUCAUUUCAGUGGGGCUCGAGAAGAAAGAGGUGAAAGUGUUUCGGCCAUGGAGGGGGAAAAGAGUUCCCGUUCCCUCGUCUUCAUCGGACAUGAAUAAAGCUAAGGAUACGACCAAAGGCGGCUGGUCGGAUGUGGCCGUGAGGCGACGACUCGCCCUGGGCAUCAAUGAGGUCACCAAAGCUCUGGAGAGGAACCAACUCAAUCUGGUGCUGGUGUGUAAGUCGGUCAAACCGAAGCACAUGACCAGCCACCUGAUAGCGCUGAGCGCCAGCAGAGGCGUGCCCGCCUGCCAGGUGCCCCGGUUGAGUGAAACCGUUGCCCAGCCGCUGGGGCUCAAGAGUGUCUUAGCUCUGGGGUUCAGGCGCAGCGGCUGCCGAGGUGGCGGAAACAACGACGACGACGACGGUGAGAUGUUCGCUGACACCGUGGAGGCCAUCAUACCGAGGGUGCCCUCACUGGACGUUCCCUGGAUACAAGGCGGAGCACCUGGUGCCCAACUGCAACACGACAUUGACGUUAAAGAGGAGGAAGGCAGACAGAGGGCGGGCAAGAAAAGAAAACUGGAGUCAGAGGGUCAAGUCCCAGAGUCCUCCGCAUCCUGCGUGCUGCAGUAUCUCAAAGUGAAAAAAAUUGUUUCGAACCCGGCAAAGAAAAAAAGAAAGCCGAAACCAAAGCAAGCCAAGUGAAAUUAAUUUCCAACCCACCCAUUAGUCAGAACUUAAUAUAUGCGCCUUGGGGUUAAUUUACACACCACAAAAAUAUUCAGGGUAAAUUUCCAGAUCAAUUAAAAAGCACAAUCAUCUUUACAGGUUAACUUAAUAUGUCCAACUGGUUAGUGGCCCAGUCCUUUUUGCUGCUCUCUAACAAGGACUUGAACAGCAAACAUUACAUGAGUGGAGCAAUACAUUUAUUCACAUUCUGAGAUCAUGAGACCAUAACGAUUGAUCAACAAAAACUCAGCCAUUGCGAGGUUCCAAGCAGGAUGUUCUCAAAGAGAAGUGACCUCUGAGCAAAUUGUCGCAAUCAGGAGGUUGCAGUGAAGAGACUGGAAGAGUCACUGAAAGGCAGAAAAGUGGACAUUGUGUAAAAAAAAAAAAAAAAAAAAAACACCUGUUUUGAAUUAUUCUGUUUAGCUUGUUUUCAUUUUGUGCUAAAACUCUGGAGAAAAAAAAAAAAAACAGUUGGACAAGGAUUCAAAAGAUUUGUCAAUUUUUUUCUGGCUUUGCUUGCAAAUGUUAGUUCCACAAACAUAAUUAAAAAAAGUGCUUGUAAAGGCAGAGUACCUCAAUUCUUGAAUGCUUUUUUUUGGAGGGGGGGGCACGAAAACUUAGAAUGAGCGGUCCGGUGUAGCGACUGUUUAGAGCAUCUCCUUCAGUUCCGAGGACCGGGGUUCAAAUCCCGGCCAUACCUGUGUGAACGAGCAGCCAGUUCAGGGCCUGCCUGAUACCUGGGAUAGACUCCAGCACUCCCGUGACCCUUAUGAGAAUAAGCAGCACAAAUGGAUGGGUGAAAGUUAGAUGAACUAAACAAGAAUCCCGUUCAAAGCAAGUCAUUUAUUAUCAAGGUUAAAGUGUAGUGUUUUGUUCUUAUUUAUCGUGGCCAAUUCGUGUUUUCGCAGUGGGUAUUAAGACAUGAGAUGACUGUUCAUCAUUAAAUGCCUUUGGUUAACUUUUA